ACUCCUUUCUAAUUACAGGUCCAAUCAAAGUGGUCUGGUCCACUCCCUCUCUAGACUCUAAACAAAAGGCAAAAGACCCUCCAUCGCCUUGGCAAUAUCAUUAAAAAUUAUCUGAUAAAUAAUUUGAUUUUCCCGAAAUGUGCGAAGCAUAAACCCGAACAAUAUUCCGGUUUCUACCUCGGUUAAACCGUUUUUGGUCUAUAUGCCCAUCUCAUCGUUCUCGUUUCUUCGCAGCUAUUUGAUGCCGGCACCCGCCCCCUUCCCAACCUCCAAAUGCCAUCUCAUCUUCUUCUCGUUGAGCUCAUUGUUGGUGUUGCUGCUUCGGCCGUUUUCUUUGUCAACGGAGUUCAGGGCUCUAUUUGAGAUUGCUGUUUAGGUUUGGCCUUUGGGGUUAUGCAUUUAAAUGUGGGGAGAUAUGGUGUCGGAUUCGUGGUUUAGUAGUUUGCUGUCAAUGUGGAAGAGCGGGGCGGAGACUGAGAAGCCUGAGAAGCCACUAAUAGGAAUUCUGGCGUUUGAAGUCUCAGGAUUGAUGUUUAAGGUGGUUAAUUUGUGGCAUUUUUUGAGUGAUAAGGAGAUUUUUAGGUUGAGGGAGCAGAUUGUAGAUUUGGUUGGUGCGAAGAGGCUUGUAUCCGAGGAUGAUGAUUAUCUGAUGGAACUGGCACUGGACGAGAUAAUUGAGGAUUUGGGACAACUCUCAAGGUCUGUUAUCAGGCUUGGAAAGAGGUGUGCCAAUCCUGUUUAUCACCGUCUUGAACAAUUUUUUAAUGAUCCUAUUCAGAAUGGUUUUCAGUGGUUUGGCUGGGAGUAUAGAUUGAAGAAAAUGGAGAGGAAAGUGAAGAAAAUGGAAAGCUUUGUUGCUGCUACGACACAAUUAUCCCAAGAGCAGGAAGUGCUGGUGGAGCUUGAGCAAACUCUGAGGAGAAUGCAGGUUACUGCUCAGUUAGAUCGUGUGAAAUUGCUUGAAUUCCAGCAGCGGGUGAUGUGCCAGCGUCAAGAAGUGAGAAAUUUAAAAGAUUUGUGUCCAUGGAAUAGAACUUAUGAUUACAUCGUCCGCAUUUUGGCAAGAUCACUUUUUACAAUACUUGCAAGGAUCAAACAUGUCUUUGGAACUAAUCAAUUGGUUUCUACUGAGGAAAAUGGUGAUUGGGAAUAUAAGAGUUCUGAUUGUCUUCCUCGCAGUCACUCCUUUUCUGCUCAUAUGCACUCUUCUGUUUAUCCAUCUGAGAGUAAUCUAUGUGGCUUCUAUUCAGGACCUUUGAAGAAGUCAGGGAUUAAAACUGACAAGAUUAGAAUGAAAAACAUGCAGCAACACAAGUCAUCUGUACAACAAGGGAAGCUUCAACAUUCAAAGACCAAGCGGAUGAGUCAUGUUGGACCUUUUAAAGGAUGCAUGGUGGGUGGAAUUGAUUCUCCCAUUGAAAAGAUGUGCAAGCCAACUGUUGGUGGUUCAAUGCGGUUGAGAGAUGUUAGUAUUAAAACCAUGAAUACCAUGGAAAAUGCUAAUAUGGGACUUCUUUCUUCUAGCAACAAGAUAUAUUAUAAAUUGUUGUUGUUCAAUUCCAAGAAUAAACUGUUGAAGGUCCGUCCUUCUACUCUAGGUGAUGCUGCUCUGGCUCUCCACUAUGCAAAAAUGAUCAUCUUGAUUGAGAAACUGGCUUUAUCACCUCAUUUGAUUUCCCCUGACGCAAGAGAUGACCUGUACAACAUGUUACCUACAACUAUAAGAGCUGCUUUGAGAGCUAGGCUUAGGUCCUAUCCCAAAAAUACGGCUUCAUCUGUCUAUGAUCCAGCACUUGCAACAGAGUGGAAUCUGGCGGUAGUGCGAAUAUUGGAAUGGCUUGGUCCACUUGCUCAUAACACAACAAAGUGGCAUUCUGAACGAAAUAUUGAGAAGCAGCAAGAGGUUUCCAGUACAAAUGUCCUUCUUGUACAAACGCUCUACUUCGCAAACCAAGCAAAAACUGAAGCUGCAAUCACAGAGCUUCUCAUGGGUUUGAACUACAAGUGCAGGAUUGAUGACAUAAAAGACAGAGUUAUGCUGCAGAUCAAUGGCAGGGAAACUUAUGAUUAUGUGCUUAGAAAGGAACCAAACCAAAUAUUUUCGUAAGCCUUAAAUGAUAAAAGAUGCUCAAAUCAUAAGCCUCUUUUGAAUUGGUUGUGAGCCAAGUCUUCCGCGAGGCUAGUUAUUGUUUAAAAAAAAAAAAAAAAAAAAAAGAAUUAAAGCUAUAAAUUUCCACCAUUCCAUGAAAGCUGCUUUGAGCAUCUAGUUUAACAUUUUAAAUUUUCCUUUUUCAAAGGCAAAGCUAUGUUAAUUGAGUUA